CGGAUCGCAGGCGGGGAGAGGUCUGCAGGCGCGCCCGGGACGCGGCGGCGCCUCGGCGCUGGGCAGGCAGAGCCGUGAGCGUGGCCGUCCGAGUGGGACCGUGGUCGGACUCUGUCUCCACCGGCGCGUCCUCUCCGGUGUGCGAUCGGCUACCCCGGGCGAUGGCCACAGGCCCGGGCCCCUGGAACGGCACGGUCAACGACUCCUGGGAAGGGGACGAGCUGGGCUACAAGUGCCGUUUCGACGAGGACUUCAAGUACGUGCUGCUGCCCGUGUCCUACGGCACGGUGUGCGUGCUGGGGCUGUGUCUGAACGCCGCGGCGCUCUACAUCUUCCUGUGCCGCCUCAAGACCUGGAACGCGUCCACCACGUACAUGUUCCACCUGGCCGUGUGCGACACGCUCUACGCCGCCUCGCUGCCGCUGCUCGUCUACUACUACGCCCGCGGCGACCACUGGCCCUUCAGCGCCGUGCUGUGCAAGCUGGUGCGCUUCCUCUUCUACACCAACCUCUACUGCAGCAUCCUCUUCCUCACGUGCAUCAGCGUGCACCGCUGCCUGGGCGUGCUGCGCCCGCUGCGCUCGCUGCACUGGGGCCGCGCGCACUACGCCCGCCGGGCGGCCGCCGUCUGGGCGCUCGUGCUGGCCUGCCAGUCCCCCGUGCUCUACUUCGUCACCACGAGCGUGCGGGGCGGCCGCAUCACCUGCCACGACACGUCCGCGCCCGAGCUCUUCGGCCAGUUCGUGGCCUACAGCUCGGUCAUGCUGGGCCUGCUCUUCGCCGCGCCCUUCGGCGUCAUCCUGGCGUGCUACGCGCUCAUGGCCCGGCGGCUGCUGCAGCCCGCCUACGGCACGUCGGGAGGCCUGCCGCGGGCCAAGCGCAAGUCGGUGCGCACCAUCGCCGUGGUGCUGGCCGUCUUCGCCCUCUGCUUCCUGCCCUUCCACGUCACCCGCACCCUCUACUACUCCUUCCGCUCGCUGGACCUCAGCUGCCGCACCCUCAACGCCGUGAACAUGGCUUACAAGAUCACCCGGCCGUUGGCCAGUGCCAAUAGUUGCCUUGACCCUGUGCUCUACUUCCUGGCUGGGCAGAGGCUCGUGCGCUUUGCCCGGGAUGCCAAGCCACCCACAGACCCCACUCCUAUCGCCCCAGGUCGCCGCCGAGGGGGCCUGCGCAGGUCGGACAGGACUGGCAUCAAGAGGACAAAAGAUAUAUCGACCAGCAGUGAGGACUCUAGGCGGACAGAGUCCACGCCAGCUGGUGAGGAGAACACUAAGGACAUCCGGCUGUAGGACCUGAACCCCUCAGGCUUGUGCAAGUUUAUAUGGGGGGGGGGAAUGGGGCUGUAGGGACUAGGACUUCUUCAAAUGGGAUAGUCCCCCUAGAUAGGGCCCAUUCAUGACUCAUGCCUGAUGGUCAAGGGAGCCAUGACCUCAAUGCUAUGUCAUUUGGCAGGGGCUCAGAACGUUCUCUGUGGUCCAGAGAUCUCAACAGUCCCUGCGACGCUAGUCACAAUUUGUAUGUGAGUUGGGGAAUAAGGCUUCAAGAAAGGCAAGGGUAAGGGGCCAGCGCUGCCCCUGGCCUGACUCCCACACAAAUAGCUGACUGUGCCUGCCAGGAUAUCUAGCCUGAUCAAGUCAAAUGGAGAAACAGGCCCGAGAGGAAAGUUACUUACCAAGGUCACAGUCUGGGCCUGAGCCACCUAGGAGGGGCAGGGUUACAGGUCGAGCAGAGGACCCUGGUAAGGGGCCAGGGCUGAGCCAGAGCUUCCUACAGAGGGGUCCAGGGCAGGUCCGGAUGCCCCAGUGAACACACCUCUGAGGAGCAGCCCCAGCCUGAGAGAUGAACGUAACGUCCAGGAACCAGCGUCAUAAACCCAUCUGGAGGCUCCCCUGGGCUGGGAGCCAGUUUGAGGCUGUAACUUCUAUUGAAGUUGUUGCCUGCUGCGUUGUGCCCCAUUCUGUGGUUUGAGGAUGAGGACACAGCCUAGGAAGCUCUCACCAUCCACACUGGGGUCCUUUCUCCAACCUGUACUCUUCUGCCACCUGCCUUCCCACUAGCUGCAUCAGUGCUCAUCUCACACCAGGGAUCCCCUCUCCAGACCCCAGGGCAUCCUUCACUUUAAAGCUAACUGGCUUUUGUGCCUGGCUCUGCUGGCUGUAGACAGGAGUCAGACGGGGUCCUGUCCUUGGGAUCGCCCAGUUUAGGGCUUAAUGGCUAUGACCAGUCAUGUGCUGGUAAAUGUCAAACUGCCUAACUAGCUCUCCAGGGGGUGGGGGGAACCCCUUAUUUGUAGCCUUGCCAGUUGCCAUGUUGCAAAUACUCCUGCCUUAGCCAAUUUCAGACUGCUCAAUGUGAUGUCAGCCUCCUUGCAAAAUCCCUGAAAAUUUAACAAUUGGCUCUUGCAAGCAGGUCCAAGACGCUCCAGCACACCACGGAUGAUGCUGAGUGGUUGGGGCUAUGGACCAGGGGGUUAGGGAGGCUUCCUGGAGCGGGGGACACUCCUGACCUACAGCUUCUAAGAAAAGCAGUUCAUCAGAGAAGAGCAUACAGGUGCAGGGUGCAUCCUGGGCAAAGACAUGGGGGACAGGAAAGGGUAUGCAGGAACUGGAGGCAGGCCGGGAAGCUGGCGCCCAGGCUCGCAGCAGGAACGAGGUGGGGGGGGGGUCACCAGGAUACCAAGACAGGGCUCCCUCUUUGCCUUUACCUGAGGUUUCCUCUGCACAGGGGCUAAGUAUGGGAGAGAUUCCCUUCUCUUCCUGUCCCAUCGUCUGCCUCUUGGGAAAACCCAGCUAUAUGGCAUAAUAGUUGGAGCUCAGCCCGGGUGAGAGCAUAGAGUGAGGGAGAUCUUUCUCACCUGUGACAGAUUCUGGGUUCAGCCAGGACCACUGUGGAGAUUUGUAGAGCUCAGCUGAACGGGGCCCAGCUCAGCCUUAGGGCAUAAGGCAAAGCUGAGAAGCCUCACCCCUAAUCUCAAAUGUAGAGAUUCACACCCUCCCCCUCUCAGAGACCGCUUGCCCUAUGGGCCCACUCUGCCUGAAAGAAGAUUCUUUUCCCACCCAAAUUCUGCCUGCCUCUUAUGACUUCUUCACCUUCCCACUCUACUUUGUCCGAAACGGGCACCCCCAAGAUUCUCCAUUUAGAGUCUAGCUCCACAGCUCCUUCAUGCAACAGGGACCCAUCACAAGCCACGACCCAGAAAAACUACUCCGCAUUGUGCAAUGUGGGUAACCUGCUCAAAGUAAUGUGAAAUGCUCACCUCCCACAUUCUAUGUUCUAUACUUCUGUUAAUGUAACCAUAGUCCCUAUGAGCUUUUUUGUGACUAUCUUUUACAGACUGUCCUUGAGCCUUUCCUGCAGGCCCAAGACUCUUUCCUACCAGCUGCUGCUCAGGCUGAACCCUAUCCUAGUUUAUAGGAACCCCAUACCGAGGUAAGAUUACACCCAAGAGUGUAAAUGCUGGGCUCUGAUUCCCUCAGCCCAGAGGCAGGAGGUUAUACAUCAUGAUUCUGGGGGCUCCUGAGUGUGCAUUUGUGGUUGGGGGGAGGGCUAUAGCCACCACGGGCCCAAGUACCCUUAGUUCCCGUUCCUUUCAUGUCCUGCCUACCUACCCCUCCAGCAGCUUCCCUGGAGAUCCUGAGAACCCAGGGCCCUACAGCACAUGGAGCCAACACUAUGGCCUAGUCCCAGGAAGCCUUCCUUCAAUAAGCCACCUGCACAUUUCUAAGGACAAAGGACCUAGGGGAAAGGAGGGCCUUACUCACCAUCUAAUCCAGUGGCAGACAGUGGUGUGGGUAGGGAAGAAAGACUCUAAGGGAACCAGGCACAGGCCCAGGGUUCCACCCCUGGACCCUAGUGAUACUGCCUGACCCCUCAAUGUGGACAGCUGGCCUUGCUGCUCAGUGCCUAAACCGUCCACCUAGCGGGUGAGGUUUCUGACUCUCCUGCCUUGUGCUAUUUCCAGCCCAAGUAAGAGCAGGAUUUUCCACUCCCAGCCCCAGACCAUUGUCCAGCAGUGACGUGGGGGGACCUGCCUGCUCUCAAAAUAUCUCCUCUUACUCACUGGGCCUCCCUGCUCCCUCCCAACCACCCCACCUCCUCGCCCUGACAUCACUUCCUGGGGCUGUUGACUCUUGAAGGCCACUGUGAAAGGUUAUAGCCACCUGACAGGGACCCCAGGGAUUAUCCAGCCCAGCUGUAGGCUUGAGAGGGGUGGGGCCUUGCCCGAGGUCACUUAGCAGGUCAGCGUGGCGCCUGGAUGUGUGCCAGGGGCUCAGGCUGUCCCUGCUGCUCUGCUCCCUUUAGUUCAGGUCGAUGCGUCUGUGGGAUUCCUGCCAUCACCCCCACUGCCCCAGCUCUCCCCAGCCCCGUGGAUGGAGCUGGUGGGUGGAGCUUUGGCAUUGAGGCCAGGGGUCUAGGAGAGGAGAGCGGGCUGGGGGAGGAUAGUAAAGGUCUGCUGUCCUGCCUGCAACAACUGUUCUCAGUGAGCUCUGUGCGUCCAGGACAGGGGCCCUGGCACGCGGGGGGGUCUCUGCCCUGGAGGGCAGGUGUCCCAGGGCCCAGGAGGGAGGUCAGGCCCCUGUAAGCGACCCCUCUGCCACUGCCCUCAUCAUGGCAGACUUGAGCUGUUCCGUUCAGAGUCAAGCUCAUGAGGCAGGGUACUCACGUAUUAACCCUGUCCUAGGCACCGUGCCAGACUCUCUCGUCUCUAUUAUUUAUUCUUCCCCACAACUGUAUGAAAUAGACAUUAUUCUCCCCAUUUAGCAGAGGAGGGGACAGGCUCUGAGAAGUGAGGACUUGCUCCAGAUUAAACAGGCAGUCAGGGGAUGAGUCAGGAUCGAAUCCAGGUCCAUCAGAUGCCAGACUAGUUCCCUUUCCAGCAUCCCAUGCCACUUGCAACCCCUGCUGGGCAGGAGGGUCUGUAAGCAACCCUCCAUGGGAUUCAAGAUGAAAGGGGUGGUAUAGUGGGGAUGGGGUUGAGAGCACAGAUCUGAUGCCUGGACUACCUCUGUCUGAGUGUUGUCUCCGCCUCCUCCCGCUGCGGCACCUUGGGCAAGUUACCAAAUCUUGCAGGGCCCCGGUUUUCUCAUUUCUGAAAAGACAUACUACCUCCCACGCAGGGCAUUGGAUCAAUACACACGAAACACUUAGAACAGUACCAGGCACCUGGGAAGCACUUACAUGGCAGGCACGGUGCCAAAGUGACACAGAGGCAAACCGGCUGGACCCUGCCCUCAUGGAGAUGACAUAAUGUAAUAUAUAACCACACUAGGAAACAUUAUUUGAAGGAAAGGAAUGUCCAGCCAGUGAGGAACAGUGGGCCUCCUGUGACCAAGGCUUCCCCAGGAUGGAGGAGGAGGAAAGCAGGUCUACCCUGGGGUGAGGUGUGGGACCACCCUUGGCACUGGGUGGCCUUCAGGCCCAUGGGCCCGUGUGUGUUUACAGAACCUUGUCCCUGUGCCAGGCUGUGAGAGGGCAGCAGGGAGAAGCAAGGGGGGGAGGAGUUGGGGGAGGGAGGGAGGCCCUUGAUAUCAAGCUUCUGGAGGCGGUUCCUAUGGACCAGAGAGCUCCCACUCGCCCAUGGCAACAGGCUUAGCCAUUUCUCCCUGAUGGUCCCCAUCGUGGGGUGCUGCAACUACUUCUUGGUUCAGCCAAGAGCCCGGAGACCCAGGCUGGCAGGACCGGCUGGGACCUGGGCCAGAGCAGGUGAUGAAUGGGCAACUUUUGCUGUGUGACUGGAGGCCAUCUGCCUGCCCUCUCUGGGCCACUCUCUGGAGCUUGGAGCCCUGGUUCCCACAUCCCAGUUUAUCCUGCCUCAGUUAGGGCAUCAGCCACCUCGAUCUUCAGCAAAGACAAAACUAACAGUUGCUCCUCUAGCCAUUCCCCAAGUGCCCCGGGUUCUCAGUUCUGAAGACUGGAGUUGGCAGCAUUCCUCACCCCCCAGCAUCAAGUGACAGAGAGGUAAAGUGGUAAAGUGACUCCAUGGGCACCCCCCCGGGGGCUUGGGGCAGAGCUGGUCCGCUAUCUGAUGGCCCUUCCUCUUGCAGGCGGAGUGUGGAGUCUGGCUGGGAGUGCCUGGACCGCAGGGUGAGAUGUGUUUGCCUUUCCAAGCGACAUGUGCUGCUCAGGGUUGGAGAGUAGGGGGCAGAUGAACCCCAGAAGCCAAGCUCUCAUCCUCUUCUCCCCUGUGCACCAUGUGCCUUGGUGAAUCCCUUCUCCUCUCUGGGCCUCAGUUUCCCCAUCUGCCACGGGGCUUGGCUCUGCCCAGCCACUCUUCCUCCAGUACAGGCUUCCUGAGCUUGCCUCGGUCUUGGCUCCUGCUCAGCCAGGUGUCUAGUCUCAGGCCUGUCCCAGCCAGGAACAAUGGGCUGGGCUGGGCCAGUCACUCAAGGUCCCAGACUCAGUCCCCAAGGGCUCACCCUGAACUAUUUUCAGCCCUUGGAGAUGGAGUCAGAAAAGGAUUUUCCACUCCCAGCACAAUGGCUGCCCUGGACCAUUGUCCAGCAGUGACCAGGAGAUCCACCCACCCCAAAAUACCUUCCCUGCCCCUACCCUCUGGGCGUCCCCACCUUGACGUGGCUUCCUGGGGCUGUCAACUCCCAAAGGCUUUUGUGAAGCAGCACGUGAGUCCCCCGGAAGACAGGACCGGUUGGAUUCAGUUUUCCCUCCUGGCAGGGACCCCAGGGAUUGUGUGGCUUCUCAGAGGGACGAGAGGCCCAGAGAGUGCCAUGCCUUGCCCAAGGCCACACAGCAGUCAGCAUGGAGACUAGAUGCGAGGUCAGCGAGGCCUCUGCUGCCUUCAUCAGCUCUGGGCUGCACCUUCUGAGGGCUCACCUUGGAAGGGUGGGCCUGCUGGAAAGAGGCCUGCUGGAAAGAGGCCUGAGGGACAUGGGUGGAAGGGGGUGUACCUUGGGAACCUGGGGCACCCUAUUCAGUCCUGUUUUUACCAAAUGCGGUUUUUGCUUGCACUGAACUCAGGGUUACCAAGUUGUGGGAAAGAAGGAGGUUGGGGGACCAAGGGAAACUGAGGCAGGAGGAGCAGGGUUCUGGCCCCGCUCAGCCAUCACCAGCUCUGUGACCACAAAUUCAAUGUCUUUGUCUGUAAAAUGGAACUGCUAAUACUUCUUUUUCCAGUUUACUGAACAAUGAGAAUGCAGGAAGGCACAAACACAGCUAUUUUAUUUUCCUAUCAGUACUGCCUACUCAAUGUCUAAUUUCCUUUCCCAUCCAUAAACUGUUUAUAUGGCAAACU